GUUGAUGUUAAACUUGAUGUUUUAUGUUAGUUUAAGAUAAAAAUAAAUUUUUUGUUUCUAUAAUUUCUAGGAAAUAUUUAUAUUGAUGUUUUUUUUGUUUUUUAGUUAAACCAAUUAUAAAAAUUUUAUUUAUGAAAAAGAAUUAAUAAAAAAAACAUUAAAUAUUAUUGAAAAUACAAUUGAAAUAAUUCAUUGUAAAAUAUUAUCAAAUCCAUCAUUAAUAUCAAAUAUUGAAUGGUUUAAAAAUGAUCAAUUAAUUCUUGAAGAAUAUCAAGAAGAAUUACGAAUAAAUUUUACUAAUAUAGAAAAUUUAUCAUGUCGAGCAAAAAAUACAGUUGGACAAGCACAUACACGUAUUAAUGUUAAUAUUCUUUAUAAAUCAAAAUUAUCUAUGACUGAAAAUAUAACAUUAAAUCAAGAAACAUUUAGUCAAUCAUGUCGACAACAACAACAUAUAGCUGAAUAUAUAAUAGAAAAUAUUGAUCGUUCGCAUGCUGGAAUAUAUAUAUGUGAAGUUAAAAAUUUAUUAAAUAUAAGUCUUGAUAAACAAUAUGAUGGAAUAUCAAAUAUAUCAACUGAUGUUCGUAUACAAUAUGCACCAUUCAUAUUAAAUUCUUUUAAUAAAUUAGCAGUUAAAGAAAAUUCUGAUAUAACAAUAGAAUGUUUUGUUGAUUCUUAUCCAAAAGCUGAUAUAAUAUGGUUUGGACCAUUUGGUCAAAGAUUAAAUUCAUUUACUAACGAAAAGGUUUACAAUAGUACUGUUAUAUCAUCUGAAUUACAUUUACCAGCAUCAAAUUCAUCAAUACUUGGUGUAUAUCGAUGUGUAGCAAAAAAUAAUUAUGGUCAACAUGAUGACUUUUCUAUACAAUUUCAACGACCUGGUUUACCUGAUCCACCAAUCCAAUUAGAAGCAAUAAAUAUAACACAUACUUCAUUUAUAAUUAAAUGGAAAGUCGGUUAUAAUGGUGGCUCAGAUCAAAUAUAUCAUAUUAUUCUUAGUAAUAAUAUUAAUAAUCAUACUGAAGAAAAAUCUACAAAUUUAAAUUUAAUAAAAUUUAAAGAUUUAAAUGAAAAAACUCGAUAUAUGAUAAAAAUUCGUUCAAAAAAUCAUAUUGGUUUUAGUGAUUAUUCAACUAAUUUAUUUAUUACAACAAAAGAAUCUCCUAUUCGAUUAGAAGAAUUUCCUAAUAUUGAACAAGCUUAUUAUACAACACAUGAUUAUCGUUUACAUUUUCAAAUAAGUUCUGUACGUUCAAUAUUAAUAUCACUUGAUCAAUUAUGUAUACAAUAUUAUAAUAAUGAUGAUAUAUCAGCAUGUAUACCAUUAACAUCGAUUCAAUUAAUUAAUGAUGGAAUUACAAUAAAUAUUGAACAAAAAAAUUUACGUUUAAAAUUAUGUUUAAUUAAUCAAACAGAUAUAUGUUCAAAAUCAAUUCCAAUUUUAGCACAUAUUCAAUUAUCAAAUCAUCCAUCAGAUUUUAUUUUAAUGUUAAUUGGAGGUAUAUUAGGUUUUUGUAUUGUAUUCGGAUUAAUUAUUUUAUCAAUUUAUAUUCAUCAACGAAAAUAUAAAAAAAAAUCUAAAAAUGGUUCAACUGAUACAUUAAAAACAAAUUCAGAUAAUUUUCAUCCUAUAGUACCAGUUCGUGUUCGUGAUACAAAUCCAUGUCUUUAUUAUCCAAGAAAUGAAAGUCGAACAUUAUAUUAUAAUGAUGAAACAAUUGGUAUUUAUUCUAUUCAAGAAAAAAAAAAUUCAAUUUGUUUUGAUUCUGGUAUGCCAUCAAUAACAUCAAAUAAUUCAGAUUCAAUUGGUUCACAAGCAUUAUCAUCAUUAGAUUUUUAUGAUCGUUCAGAUGGAGAAUAUCUUGUUAAUGGUAGAAGAUCAAUAAAUAAAAUUCUUUUAUCAAAUAUAUCAACAUAUACAACAAAAGAUAAUCAUAUGAAUAUUUCAAUUAAUGGAAGAAUAUCAUCCGAAGAAGAAAGUGACAUUUCUACAUUGAGUAAAUCUCAAAAUGGAAAAAAACUUGUCUAUGAAGUUGUGGUCAAUUCUGAUCAAUUUAUUCCCCAUCCGAUUCUUGAUGAUUCCAAAAAGACAAUGCGAAUUAUUGCUAAUCCAGUUUAUGAUAAAUUAACAUUUUCACGUGCAGCUCAAAUUCAAAAACAUCAUUCAGAUAAAUAUUGUUGUAAAUCAGCACAAUUGACAAGACCAAAAAAAAACACAAUACCUACAUCAAACAAAUCAUUAAACAGUGAAGAAACAUUAAUAACGCCAUUACCAACGAAAAAUAAUACUAUGCGAUUAAAAUCUACACUUGCACGUCAAAAAUCUUCACCCUUACAGCAUCCAAUAUCGUCAUCAUCUAAUGAACUAUCUUCAAUAAAUAUUGAAUCAUCAUUAAUAAAAGAUGAUAAAAAAUUUACAAAUGAUAAUUGUAUAAUUCGUUAUAAAAUUAGUCAACAUGGUUUUGAAAUACAACGUUAUUCAUCAAAUAAUUGGUUAUCAAUUGAUAUGUUAAGUAAAGAUGCAUGUCAAUCAAAUGAAAGAACAUUUCGUGAAAUGAUUGAAAAAAAAGAACAUGAUGAACUUAUAUCUCAUAGUAUUUAUACAUCAGAAUAUUAUUAUAAACGCUGGUAUAAUUUAUUAAAAUCAUAUAAACAAAAUAAUUUAACACAUUUACAAUGGGCUAAACAAAAUUAUCAAUUAUAUUGUUUAAAAACAUAUUAUAAACGUGCAUUUCAACGUGAACAAUAUCGUAUUCAGUUAAAUGCACAAAAUCAACGUCGAAAAUGUGCACAAAAUGCAUUUAAUGAAUGGAAAGAAAGUAAAAAUGAUGACUCUCUUGAACGUAGUCGAAGUCGUUUAACAACAGCUAAUAGUCAAAAUACAACAGAAAUUAUAUCUGAUAUAUCAAAUCGUUCAUUAUCAUCACAUCAUCAUACAAAUAAUCAAAUGUCAAUAUCACCAAGUACGUAUAAUGAACAAGAAGAAUUAUCACAUUAUCAACCAAUUCAUUCAUCAAAAUCAACUAAAAAUACAUUAUAUAUGUUAGAUAAACAACGAUGGUCUUUAGAUGCAAUGCUUAAACGUAUUGUUGGACUUGCUGAACCUUUACCACCACCACCAAAAAUAAUUAAUUUUCAUAAUUCAUCAUUAAUAAAUCAAAGUACUGAUAGUAAUUUUGAAUCAUGUCCAUGA